AUGGGUAUGCAAUUAAAGAAGCGCAAGAUGAGUAUUGAAUUGUAUUCUGCUGUAGGGUUGGACGAUUCAUACAAAUUGUUACAAUUGACACCCGACCUGGUCAAGAUAUUAAAAGAGGGGAGUGAUAAUGUGUUGCAGUUUAAAUCGUUGUCAGGUGAUGAUAAGGCGGAGGUGGUGUUAUGUUCUCGAGACAAGACGUGGUUAGUCAAGCAAAAGAACCAUUCCAAUACAGUGUUGCUGAUGCGCGGGGAAGAAGCGGAGGCAAAUAAACUGGUUGCGUUUGCUAGAACUACAUUUGAAUACGAGACUCGAGCUAGUCAUGGGGAAUUAAACCUGGAGUCGAUCCCCAUAUAUGACGGAGACGAGGUCUUUCCUCGGGACCGCAGUAAGAUCAAGAUCAAGAAUAUGGACGAGUUGCUGGAGAAUUCAGCAUGUUCUGAAUUGGAAUGCGAAACUCAAUGGCAUACGUUGGGCGGAUGCGAAGUGAAUGGAUGUCUCUGUCUAUUAUCCUCAGGGUUUUUGUCCAAGGCGCUUCAUGUGACGCUAAUGAGUGUUAUGGCGGAGAAUCUUAACAGUGACAGUCUGGCGCUGGCGGAGACGUCGCAGGCUGUGAGCAAAGACAUGGAUGGAUCGUUCAAUCCUUACACACGAGAAGUAGUCAAGACGGUGCUGAACCGAUUCGGCACGUUACAGGAGGGGAGCUGGCGAUUGAACCAUGCGGAGAUCGCCCAAUGGUACGGGAUCCAAGCGCUGAAGAAGUACGUCUCGCAGCGGAGCAUGGCACUGGACGAGUUCCUCAUCCGUUGGAAGGCGCUGUUCCCACCCUUCUUCCCCUGCGAGCUGGACAUCGACAUGCUUCGUGGAUGGCACUUGAAACGGGGCGAUGGGGAAGCAGUGCAAGUGCAGUACGUGUCACGUGCGACGCUGCCGCCGGGCGCACGUGACCGGUUUGCCGCUCUGUUCCAGCUGCAAUCCGAGUGGCUCCUGGAGGACAUCGCGCCCUUCGUGAGCGAGUUGAACCAUCGCGGCCUGAAACUGGAGUCCUUCAUCACUAAGUACGCUCGCAGACGCCGGGCGGGUAACGGCCGCGUGAUCGUCUCCGGCCGCUGA